GUCGGCAGCGGUCACUAUGCCGAUGCAUUAUUCAAUUAGACUGAUAACACUUAAGAUGAUUACUGGUAAUAAAAUUGUAAUGUCUUGUUUCCGAGACGAGCGCGUGGGCUAGCGGACGCGGUGUGACCCAACAGGGGAAAGUUUUUUGACUCUUAUGAAUAAUGUUGGGCCUUCAUGUUCAAUCCAGAUCAUCAUUAUCUCCUAUUCCUUUUUUUUCAAAUAUCUGUUGUCGGCUCUCCUUGCCUGCGUCUUCCAUUGCUGUCGGUUGUGAGCAAUUGAGACAUCCAUUGGAAUUCCUCUGUGGAUUAUCGUCAACCAGGAGAUCCAGAUAACCUUGGAGAAGGGGUGCCACCACCCUCUAAAAGAAGGAAAGACUGUUGCAGUUUAAAGGAGAGACGCUAUAUUCUUCGUUUCUUGCACCGUCAUACUGCCCCAAGUGCGUUAGUUUGACUUUAAUGGUUGGUGUUUAGCAUUCAGUUUGGUUGUAAGAUUAAAUAUCAUCAGGCAAAUCUGCCAAACUUUUGGCAAUGUUAAAUUGACCAGUAAAAGUGAGACCGCCCGAAGGGUUAUGAGAGCAUAAAAAUCUCGAUAACAAGAUCUCUUGCUUAAAUGUUUACCAAUAUGAACCCUAAGCUUUUGUGGAUUCUAUACAAAGUGUAACCUAAGUAUUCAGGAAGCAUAAUCCUUCAUGCCACACUCAGUAAUCUAAUCUGCCCUACCCCAUAAUUAUGACUUCCAUGUAUUAUGAAAUUCACUAGCUAUGACAUUACCUACAUAUAUUUAAUUUAAAACGAUCCGCUUAAUUGAAACUUGAAACUCAGAACAAGUAAAUAUAGGUUCAUACAUUAUCUGAAUCUCUAGAUAAAUUGUCUGUCCUCUUCAAAGCAGAUUUAGCACCGAAAAAAACAACAAUUCCAAGAAAAUCUCAGUGCGACGGAUAUCUCCCAUUUUAUUAUUUGUUCAUAAGUCUCGUUUGGUAAAAUUGGAUGACACACACUCUGCGUAAUUCGCGAGUCAGGAGGUGCCGUUAACCCUACAAUGCGACGGGUGACCCAUUCCAUGGUACUGUUUCUGAUUGGUGGAAUAGACCGAAGAUAAGAAGCUUAGUUAUUUAAAUAUUUUGCAAUACCUAUACCUAUUCGAAUGACGCAUAACACAAUAUUAACAUGUAUAGGUGAAAUUCUCGAUCAUGUAAAUAUUUACGUUCAUACCAAAAUGUAGAUCUAUAAAUCAAUAGAUACAAGUAUUUUGCUUUAUUAUUAAACCGUAUCUUCAUUAAUGUAUGGUAUUGUAGUCGCAUUCGCCAGAAUUAGCAAGAAAACUUGAUAAUAGUUUUCUUAUCGUGAAUGUUGCAAAGAAACCAAUGAGGUGAUAAGAGUCAAAUGUCCCUUAAUUUCACAAUGUUAAAAUGUAUGGAUUAAUUACACAAAUGUAAGAAAUUUAGUUCGUGACUUUACCAAGUUCAUCCUCGAUACGUAAUAAGUGUAAUAACUAGACGCUGUGACGUUGCUUGGUGACUAAGAGACGAUACAAUUAUAUUUCGCAAUAUUAUAUGUUCAUGAAAUGAAAUAGAUGACUCAUGAUGUUGUACCUACUGUUUUGCAAUAUUUGUAUGUUAUUUGGAAGUCUUGUCUAGUGUUUAUUGCAUAAGGGAAGUUCCUAUUAUGACUGUGCUUAAAUUAUUUUGAUCAAUGGAAAGUGGGCACACCCUCCGAAAAUAAUUAACACAGGCGAUAAUUUAGCCACCCCUAGCAAAACCAAUUUGUCUAUCAAUUAAAUUUAGUAAAAAAACUAUCAAUGUGGGAUCCCUUGAUCUGUCGGACGGUUAAGUGUCGGAGUUUAAUAAACUGUUUAAUUAAGAGCGCGUUAGCGGCGCUGGGUUAGGUUAGGGCGCAGUGCGAGUUGCGCGCGCGUCCCGGCACCAUGCUGGUCUUGACGCUGUUCCUGACGGCGGCGGCGUGCGCGGGCGCCCGCGCGCGCUCCUUCAACAUCACGCACCUCAUCGUGCCUGAGGUGGUGCUCCCCGGCCAGCCGGACGUCGACAUCGAGUGUCGCUAUGACGCCAACUUCACGCUCCUCAGCUGGUUCAAAGGGUCCAACGAAUUCUUCAGGUAUCGCCCUGGAGCUGCGCCCAGCACGCGCUCCUUCCCUAUCCUCGGAGUCGGUACAGUGGAGAUGCUCGCUUGUGGUCCCACCGCCUGCAGAUUACGACUGGGAUCCUUAACAGAAGAAGCGACAGGACUCUACAGGUGUGAUAUUGAAAGGGAUGUGCCUCCAUACAAGUUUGAAACCAGGACAGCGCAUAUGGAAGUCCACGGGCAUCAGCACAGGCGGCCUUUACUCGAAGGUUUAGCUGAGGAGUAUGGUGAAGGUGACACAAUACAAGCGUACUGCCGCGGAGCGCCGGACUCUGAACUGCGGUGGUACAUCAACGGUCAGGAAGUCGAGAAUAUGAGGGGAUCGACGACCCUGAAGAGGAGGAGCAGUCGGUUGAUAUUCUUAGGCCUUCCGCCGACGGUGACAGUGCAGUGUGCAGAGUUUAGGUACGGGAAGAUAUAUGGUUCGAAAGAAAUGAAAACUCGUUGGAAUGGAGUCGGUCAAAUGCGCCAAGAUGACACUCACAUGAAAAACCAGUCUAAUACACUGAUCGGUUUCAGUUACCUUGGAAUGUUAUUAUGUUUGUUAAAACUAAAUAUGUAAUUUACAAAUAUUAUGUUCCUUAUAAUUUUAAAACGAAAUUCAGUGAAUGUAUGUGUAAAUUUGUUGUCAUACGUGUGUAGAAAUUAAGUCUUAUCUAUCUACUACAUAUCAUGUCUACCAUUAUAAUUAGACAUUACUGACUCAGAAUCAUCCCAGAAUUAAUUUAGGUAAUGGAACCCAAGAUCUCAAUGUCAACAAAACGUGGACUUGCAAUAACAUGACCAAAUAAUGUACCACUUGUUUUAAAAUGAACCAAAUAAUGUCAAUAAAAUAUUUAUUUCGUUUAUUAUUUUAUUUUAUUUUUUAUAAAAUUGUACUAAAUAUAAAUAUGUUAAGGUAGGUAUCUGUGCUCAUGUGUAAUAAUUCAAUGUUGAUCUUAAUAAAGUCUUAAAAUACAAA